GAGGCCCCGAAUCGGAGUGUAAUGUUUUGGUGAAAAAUUCUUAUCCAAACAGAACACCAACAAAAGCAGAUAACGAAACAAAAGGAAAGUUUCAGCCAUGGCAGCAUCGGCGACGCUGGGAACUUCCACUUGCGGUCGAGUUUGCUUCCCAAAACGACAAUUCUCUUCUUCUUUAAAGCCCAACAGCGCCACCGUUUCGGAGCUUGGCUUCGUCGCUUCCCACCUCAGUGGCCUCAAAAUCCCCAACGACUUGUCGUUUCAGCCCCUCAAACAACCCAUCUCUACCAACUUCGCUCCCUUUCUUCAACCCGUUGCCCGUAGAGUUUGUCCUUUUACUGGAAAAAAGGCAAACAAAGCAAAUAAGAUUUCUCAUUCAGCCCACAAGACAAAGAAGUUGCAGUUUGUCAACUUACAAUACAAAAAGAUUUGGUGGGAAGCCGGAAAGCGCUAUGUUAAACUUCGUUUGUCAACGAAGGCAUUGAAGACCAUAGAGAAGAAUGGACUAGAUGCCGUUGCUAAGAAGGCCGGGAUUGAUCUUCGAAAAGAAUGAUUGCCCUUUGAUUGUUUUACCCUUUUGAUUUUAUUGGCAAGGCUUGCCUAAUCAAUGUAUUUUGUUUUAACCAAUUACAUUUUGUUAUUCCUCUUAA